CCGUGUCCUACGUAAAUACGGCAAAUCCGAUAAUCGCAAUACGAUGCGACCGAUCCGAUACGAUUUCGUCAUCCGAUAUUGCGGCGAUCGGACACGUGGCAAACGUGAGAUCGCAUUAACUGACAAUAGUCGUGCGACGGUUUUGUAGGUAGAAGGAACAUUGUACAUGCUAAUAUUCGUUUAAAAACAUUAAUCAUGCCUUUAACAACACUACAAAACAAAAUGCUUCUGACUGAAAAUUCGGUACUUAAGUAUUUAUUAUAUAAAAGGUACAAAAAAAUUAAAAAAUCGUAUCUUACCAGAGCUAUCAUUUUAAAAGACCGAAUGAUUUUUGGUGAGUUUUACCAUUUAUAUAACCAAGUACGUUGUGAUGACGCCUUAUUUCGAUCGUAUACAAGGAUGUCAGUUGCAACAUUUGACUAUAUAGUUGAAAUAAUACGACCAGAAUUUGAUCUAAAGUCAACAAAUUUUCAAGAUCCCAUACCAGUUGAAGAAAGAUUGGUUGUAACAAUUAGGUACUUGGCGACUGGACUAGCAUUUAGACAACUAGCAAUGGCAUUUAGAAUAUCUAAGACUGCAGUGUCUAAUAUAGUGAUCUAGGUGUGUAUAGCUUUAUGGAAUUCAUUAAAAAACAAGCAUAUGUCUACUCCUACAGUAGAUGAUUUUAAAAAUAUUGCAAACGAAUUUUAUAAGAAAUGGAAUUUUCCAAAUUGUGUUGGAAGUUUAGACGGAAAACAUAUCCGUAUGAAAUGUCCGAAAAACUCCGGGAGCAUGUUUUUCAACUAUAAACAAUACUACUCUAUUGUUUUAAUGGCAGUAGCUGAUGCCAACUAUAGAUUUGUUAUGAUAGAUGUUGGUUCGUACGGUAAAGAUAGCGACGGCAGCGUCCUGUGUAAUACACAGUUUUAUCAACGUCUGGAAAAUGGUACAUUAAAACUGCCAAAACUGAGUAACUUGCCUAAUUCAAAUCUUAAAGCACCGUAUGUAUUUGUUGGUGACGAAGCUUUCCCGUUACGCAAUUAUAUAAUGAGACCCUUCCCUAGACAACAAUUAGCAUCAGCUAAUGAUAAAAAACAUUAUAACUAUCGUCUUUCUAGGGCAAGAAUGACUAUUGAGUGCGCUUUUGGCAUUGCAUCUUCUAAAUUUAGAAUACUUCAAAAAUCAAUUGAAACUAAAGUUGAGAAUGCAGAUCAUAUUGUGAAAGCUAUAUGUAUAUUACACAAUGUAAUAAUUGAUAGAGAGAACGAAUCUUCGCGUCAAUGUACCAUCAUAUCGGAAAAUUUUAACAUUGCAAAUGUACAAGAAAGUAAUAAAAUAAUGAGACUCCGUGCCAACAGAUCUAACAAUCGUGCUUCCCGUACUGCUAUUGAUAUUAGAAAUAUAUUUGUAGAGUUUUUUAAAACUAAUAAUAUUACUGAAACAAAUAUGUAAGUAAAAUAUAUGUACCUAAUUAAUAUUGUAGUAAUUUU